AGAUCGUAACAUGUUUAUAUUUGCUGAUAUCGACUUUAUUUCUGGACAUUGAACAAUUAACUUAAAUUGUAAUGUCUUAUCCACUGUGUUGAUAUUGUUCUGACAUUGAAAUAUACGAUUAGCUAACCUGUAUAUUACAGUAGCACCAUCAUGUCAUACCAGAUCAGCAAAAAGAGGAAGUUUGUCCAGGAUGGAGUUUUCAAAGCUGAACUCGAUGAGUUUCUGACCAGAGAAUUAGCUGAAGAUGGUUACUCCGGCGUUGAGGUCCGAGUCACACCAACCAGAACUGAAAUCAUCAUUCUCGCUACACGAACACAGAACGUGCUAGGAGACAAGGGCCGAAGAAUCAGAGAACUCACUGCCGUGAUCCAGAAGAGAUUCAACUUCGCUGAAGGAACAGUGGAGCUGUACGCUGAGAAAGUUGCCCAGAGAGGUCUUUGUGCUAUCGCCCAGUGCGAAUCUCUCAGGUAUAAACUUAUUGGUGGCUUGGCCGUCCGACGUGCCUGCUAUGGUGUUCUCAGAUUUAUCAUGGAGAGCGGUGCUAAGGGUUGCGAGGUAGUAGUGAGCGGUAAACUGAGAGGUCAGAGAGCUAAGUCGAUGAAGUUUGUAGAUGGUCUCAUGAUCCAUACCGGAGAACCAAAGAGGCAAUACGUGGACACUGCCGUGCGACACGUUCUCCUCAGACAGGGUGUACUCGGUAUCAAGGUCAAAAUUAUGUUGCCGCAUGACCCUCAGGGCAAAGUUGGACCCAAGCAACCUUUACCUGAUCACGUUGCUAUCGUUGAGCCCAAAGAAGCUGACAGCAAAAUCGAAACUCCAUACAGUACGUGCGUGGAAAAGGCUGGAGCACCUGAUGCUGCACCAUCUCCUGCUGUCGUUAUGUGAUAAUUUAAGAUGAUGUUUUUAUUUAUAUGGAAA